AAACUGUUUAAUUACAGUGUAGUUAUAUUAAUUAUUAAAACAUUAUUACAGUUACUGAGAUUGAUGAUGCAUUCUUGUUGUUGGGAUGUUGGAGAGUCACCAAUCCCAAGCAUAAAGUUGUGAAGCGCAUGGAAGCGACAUACUGUGAAGCAGGAAUUUCUAUUAUGUUAACUUCACUUACCAACUUCAUUUCUUAUUGCAUAGGAAUGAUGGGUCCAUUUCCUUUUGUUAGAAUAUUCUGUUAUUACGCAGCUACUUGCAUUAUAUUCACUUUUCUGUAUCAGAUAACGUUUUUCGGGGGUUGCCUAGCGUUAAGUGGAUACAGAGAAGAGAAGAAUCUUCAGCCAUUCGAAUUUAUAUGUGAACAACCGGAGGAAAGUCCUCGGAAGAACAAUAGAAUACGAGAAGAGGUUUCUAUGGUUUUUUUUAGAGAUGUAUUAGGGAAAAUACUUUCGAAUCCAGUAGCAAAGGUCAUCGUAAUUUUCAUCUACUUGACUAAUUUAUCAUUUGGAAUAUGGAGUUGUCAUUCAAUUACACACGGUAUUCAGUAUGAACGUUUAUUUCCCAAAGGUUCUUUACUUAGGAAAAGUUCUCAAAUUAGACUCAAGUACUUUACAAGUCACGCCUAUCCUUUCCAAAUAAUUAUUAAUGAAACUUUGGAUUAUUCAGAUAAAAAAGUGCAAGAAUCCAUAGAAAAUCUUUUGAAACGAUUCGAGCAAAAUCCUCAUGUUGCAGAAGAACAAUACACCGUAUCAUGGUUAAAGUUUUAUAUGGAGUUCCAGAGUAAUCCUGUUGCAAGAUUUUCGUUAGGAGGUUAUAACAUGUCGAACAAACAAGACUUCAUCGAUGGUCUUCGUAACGUUUUCUUCAGAAUACACGCAGCCAAGUCACUAUCUAAUGACGUCGUCUUUAACGACAAUGGAACCGACAUCUUAUACAGUCGAUUUUUUGUCAUGGGUAAAAAUUUGAAUUCUUCCCAAGUAGAUGGAGACACUUUGAGAGAAUUAUGGGAAAUUGCCGAAGAUUCCGAGUUUCCCGUACUAGUGCAUUCUCUUAAAUCGAGCGUACUAGAUCAAGGCAUUGUAAUUGAAAACACUAUUAACCAAUUGUUUUGGAUCACAGCAGUUUUGAUAACUGCGUGCUUCUUAUUGGUCGUUCCUAACUUCUUUGUUGCUAUUACUGUCGCCAUUUCUGUCGUUUCUGCAAUAAUAGAAACGUUGGGUUUCAUGUCGUUAUUGGGAGUCAAUCUGGAUAUCUUCUCUAUGAUGAGCCUUAUACUGUGCGUUGGAUUUAGCGUUAAUUACCCAGCUCACAUGUCUUAUGCUUAUGUUAUGUCGUCCAGCAAAACUUCGAACGAUAAAAUGAAGGAUUCUUUGUAUCUUGUUGGUUUUGCCGUCCUUCAAGGAUCUUUAUCUACAGGACUGGGAAUAUUGACUCUGUAUUCUGAUGUAUACGUGCUAUCGACAUUUGUCAAAAUUGUCAUUCUAAUUUCUAUAGAAACAGCAUUUCAUGCAUUGUUUUUCAUCCCUGUUGUACUUUCCAUCAUCUUUUCCGUGUUCAAAGGCAUGAAGAAUAUUUAA